AUGCAGUGUAUCGUUAAUACUUUCUUAAAAACUAUACAAAAUAAAAUAAAUAAUUAUUUACAAACACCUUUAAGACCUAUUCAAUAUACUUCUUUUAUAUCUACUUUAGUUAUAUCAAAUGAAAUUAGUUCCCCUAUAUCUAUACUAUCUACAUUCACAUCUUUUACAACAGAAUCUGAAAAACUGCACUAUAAUGCAACUGCUCAAAAAAAUUCUUUAGCUAAACAAGAAUGUACUGAAAAUCAGCUCAAUAAAUUAAAGGAGUUGUAUAAUGUUAAGCAAAAAUUAAAAAAAUAUGCCACCGCACAAGCUAAAAGUCAAGCAAAAAAAUGUGAAGCUUUAGAAAACAAAGAGGAAGUUAUUAGAUAUGAUUCACCUGAGCACUCUUCUUUUCUUCUUCUAAAUUCUGAUCUUCUUAAGCAGAUGCAUUCAUAUAUCAAGUUCAGUACCUUGCCAAAAAAAGGCAGAAAGAAAUUAUUAAAAAAAAUUAAUUCUUCAAAUGCUAAAAGACACCACUAUUCUAUAGCUAUUCAAGUAAACUCAGUAUCUAGAAAUGAAAUGCCUGAACAUUUAGAUGAGUACUAUUGUUUGCAAAUGAUCAAAAAUGCAAAACAAUUUGCCAGUGCUUUUGCCUCUCAUUCUGUAAUUAUAUCACAAGAAGAUAAGACAAAAGUUCUACUUAGAAUACUAGCAGUUAGGAGAACAUUUAAAACUAUACAAUCUUUCUAUGAACUAGUUGCGAUACCUG